UAAGUCAUAUAAUUUCAGAGAAAGAACAUGAAUCUUUCAGUGGACUGCCUUUCAUAUUGUAAUACGUCACAUCUGAUAAGAGCAGAUGGGAGGGGUUUGCAAGGGGCGGGUGUAGAACUGACAGAUAUAAUAUGUUGCUGCCUCUGUAUAUUUGAGACACUGGUACAAGGACAGCCACACCUUUACAAACCAAAGAAGAUCUCUAAACAUGAAGACCAGCUGAGAUGGAGUUUGAAGAACAUGAUGAAAUUAAAGGAAGAGGAGGAGAAGGAGAUGCUGAAAUCAAGACUGAAACCACUGAACAAGUGACACCUGAACUCACACUUGUGUUGUUUGGUGACCCAAAUUCCAUUGAGACUGGUUCCAACAACCUCCUACUGGACGACAACGAUCAGCUGAAUGUGGGCCAGUAUUCAUAUAAACUCUAUGAUCUGUGUGGUCGAGUCAUCUCUUUUAUUAAUUUACUUGGUCAAGAAAACAUCGACAGAAUCUCGCCAAACCAGAGAUUUCAUGCCUUUCUCCUACUGAUACCAGAUGGUCUGCAGAUCAGCCAUUACAGAUCAGGAGUACAGUGGCUGGAGAAAUAUUUUGGAAAAGAAUCACUUUCAUUUUUAAUGACAGUUGUGACUCAUGAGUUGGGAGAAAGAAGUGAAAAUACUUUGACAAAUCUAAAAGCCAUCAGUAGUUUUGCUGAAAACAGAUACCACACAUGUACAAAAAAUAUGAGUGAUGAAAGUGAGAUAUUAGCUCUGCUGCAAAAAAUAGAUGUCAUGGUCUCAGAAAAUGAUCCACAAUGCUACAGUAGACCACUGGGUGGUGAAAAGAAAGACCAGAAAGACCAGAAAGACCACCUGGACCAUGAGGACCACAAAUCCCCUGAAGAUGAAAUGAGUGAAUCGUCUGGAUUUCACUUUAACAAAGAAGUAGAAGAGGAGACAACAUGUGAAAUUACGUGUGAUCCAGUAAAUGUACCAGGUGAUGUUGAACACUCAGAGGAACUGAAUGACAGAAUAACAGAGGAAGAAAACUCUCACAUUCAGUCUGCAAAACAAUUUACAACCAACAAAACAGGUGUCUCAGAUAUGGAUGAAAACAAGGACAAGAGAGAUGCAGUGACUGAAGACAGCGAUGCUGAAUCAUUGGAGAAUAUAGAAAGAACAACAGUGGAAGGACACCGGGAAAUGACCUCUGAUAUAACAUCUAAGGAGAAAGUUGUAUCAGAUAUGGAUGGACAUUUGAAUAAGGACCCAAUGAAGACGUCAGCAGAAGAUGAGCAACGUCAAACAGAAACUAAAACACUGUUCACCAGACUGCACAUUCAAGAUAAAUAUGAACACAAGUUGACAUCAGCAGAGUUUCUGAAAAUAGGUUUGUCUGUGAAACAGGACAGUAAUGAUACAACUGAGAAGGAUCUGGCUCAUACUUUUCUUCAUAGGUUAAUGAUGUUAGACUACAGAGUCAGAUAUAUUCCUGUAAGAGAGGACAGCACUGAGAUGAUAAAUUCAUGUUUUGGUUCUGAAUUUCUCAGUGAAACAGCUGAUGAUGACUUUGAUGAGUUUUGCAAUGCCACUGUUAACUUUGAUCAGUCAAAACAGAAUAAUAUACAUCCAUUAGAUGUUCAGAUGGCAGUAUUUCACUGCUCAGACAGUUUUCUGAAGCAGAACAUGAUCACAAAACUAUCACAGUGUCAGUAUGCCUUACCUUUACUUGUUCCUGAUCCAUUCACUAUGGACAUUGAGUGUCCUCUGUGGACGUUCAGACAAAUUAAAAAAACAUGGAAGAAAACUGAAACCAAAGACAACGCAGAGGUUGUCACCAUGAACUCUAUGCCAAUCUGUAAAGCUGAGACACCCAUGGUGUCAUUUUUCCGCCUGGGUUCUCUGUCAGUGUCUAAAUCUCAGCUGAUGAACACUUUGAUCAACGACCGUCACAACACCUUCUUCCACAGAGACUGUCCAGGCAGCACCAAAUCUCGGCAUCUGUUUGAUGGUGUAGCAGAGAUCGCCUGGUACUGCCCUGCUGGAAAACCCAACGAUGCCUUCAAUGACUGUGUUGCAUUCUGUAAUCUUCAUGGUGAUGCUCUGAUGAAUGAAACACAGCGAAUCAUCUUGAUGCAAAAAUGUUCAGUCAAUGUUGUUCUUGUACCAACGUUGGAUAAAAAACAUGAGAGUUUUGCAGUGAUUGCAGGACUUUUGAAAUUUCCAAAACCUCUGAUUUGUCUCAUUGAUGAUAGUUGUGAUGCAGUACAAAAACUAAAAGCAAACUACAAAAUGGGCCUGAAAGACAGAGGCCUGCCUGCUAUUUGUGAAGAGCUAAAAAGAAUCAUUAGAAACAUUUUGUCUGGUCCACAUGAAUCAUUUCAGCUUGAAACCAUGGCCAAUGUUUCUGGAAUCCGAGUGGAUGAAGAUGAUGAGCUCUGCCAAAAGGGGAAGUCUGCUGCCAUGAAAAUACUGACCCUGGUUCAGGGGGUGGAUGUUUCAAAGAUCAAAGAUACAUUUCUUCCAUGUCAAGGCAAACUGUGGCAUGACUGGUGCAAAAUAAACAAAGGCCUGUAUCACCUUAAAGGAGAUCGCCUUGAGGAGGAGGAAUGUAAAAAGAAGAGAGAACUGGAGAAAAUACGAGGAAAUCAAUGCACUGUUUCCUGUAGUGAAGUGGUGAAGUCAUUCACUGAAAGCCUCUCAUCUUUACCUCCAACAGAGAGAGAGUAUUUCCUGAAAUGGACUCAGAUCUUAGUCGAUGUGCUCUCCACAGAUGAUCUUCUUUCAAUUCGUCAAAACUAUCAUGAAAAGUGGUCAGAGGUUUUAUCAUUGAAGAAGAAACAUGACAAAUCUGAUCAGUUACAAACCAAACAAACUGAACUUGAACGAAUAUCAUCAAAACUCCAGUCAGCAACAUUUGGUUUGGAACACAUCUUCAGAGAAAUGGGACAGAUCUAUGAAGCCCAUGAAUGUCUGCACAAACCAACACUGAAUAAACCGACUGACUGGUCUAAAUACCCGGAGCUGGCUGCUGACCUGAUGAUAUCAGGGUACCCAAUGGAGCUGAUGGAUGGAGAUGCAGGUCAUGUGCCUUUAACAUGGAUCUCAAGUCUUUUAGAUGAGGUCAUCAAGAAACUUGGAGACCAGAGGAUUUUUGUUUUGUCAGUUUUGGGUGUACAGAGCAGUGGAAAGUCUACGAUGCUGAAUGCCAUGUUUGGACUCCAGUUUGCUGUGAGUGCAGGCAGAUGCACCAGGGGUGCCUUCAUGCAGCUGGUCCAAGUAUCAGAUGAGAAGAAGAGAGACUUUCAGUUUGACUAUGUUCUUGUGGUGGACACUGAGGGACUGCGUGCUCUUGAGCUGGAGGGUAACUCCACUCUUCACCACGACAAUGAACUGGCAACUUUUGUUGUUGGUGUUGGGAACAUGACUUUAAUUAACAUCUUUGGAGAAAAUCCAGCUGAGAUGCAGGAUGUUCUGCAGAUUGUUGUUCAGGCUUUCAUGAGGAUGAAGAAAGUUAAACUUUCUCCUAGUUGUGUGUUUGUUCAUCAGAAUGUCACAGAUGUUGCAGCUGUAGAGAAAAACAUGGAUGGAAAGAGACGCCUGCAAGAAAAACUUGAUGAAAUGGCCCGACUAGCUGCCAAAGAAGAGGUUUGUCAAGCUCAGAACUUCAGUGAUGUGAUUGCUUUUGAUGUACAAAAAGAUGUGAAAUACUUGGCUCAGCUGUGGGAGGGAAGUCCACCUAUGGCUCCUCCAAAUCCAGGGUACAGUGAGAGCAUCCAAGAUCUGAAGAGCCUAAUCCUCUCCAAAGCUUCACAGUCUGUUGGAGUGACUCUCUCUGAGUUCAAAACCAAAGUUCAGGACCUCUGGAAUGCUCUGAUGAAUGAAAACUUUGUUUUCAGCUUCAAAAACACACUUGAAAUUGUGGUUUAUAGAAAACUUGAGGUCCAGUAUGGGAACUGGAUCUGGGAACUGAGGCGUGAAAUGUUGACCAUUGAAAACCAGUUGUAUAACAGAAUAGAAAAUGAAAAACAUGACCGGAUAGAGCUCAGUUAUCUUUCUAAAGAAAUGAGCAAGAAAUAUGAAGAAGUUAAAACCACAAUGACAUCUUACUUUGAGGAGGAUAAAGAUAAAGAAAUGUUGGCUCAGUGGCGAGGGCAAUUUGAAAACAAAAUAAUUGAGUUUCAUGAUAAGCAGGUGAGAAGACUCAAAAGAAAACUGAAUGGAAUUAUUCAACAAAAGGUAGCAUGUAAGAAGCUUGAUGAGAAGAUCUUUGAAAAUGAGUUGCUUCAGAAGAGCAAAGAGCUCGCUCUCUGGUUAAAAGAUAAAGUAAAUGAUGAAGAGGAACUUAAACACCAGUUCAACUGUGUUUGGAAAGACUGGGUUAGUGAAUUAACCAAAGAUAUAAAACCUAUUGAGAACAUUGAUCUGGAGAACGAUCAACUUCUUGUUCUUGUGGAACUUGGCAUUGAAUGGAAUCUUAUCUAUAAAUCACAAGCAUCUGGCAGCUACAAAAAAAUAUCAGAGCUUGGAGAUUAUAGUGGUUAUGUAUCUUUCAACAGGGAUCAAGACAACAGACACUGGCAGAAUCUGGAAAAUGAAGGAGAAAACAACUACUUUGAAAGAUUUAAGGAUUUUACUGAAACUGUUAAAACAAAAAUAAAUGACCAUAGGAAAUCUCUGCAACAUGAAGACCAAACCCUGUUUAGAAACUUUACUGAUGAAAUCACAACAUUGUCCUUUCAUUCCAUUACGAGCAAACCUGUUGCAACAAGAGGAUACAGUCCUACGUUCUUGCAAGAAGUUGCCAAAACUGUACAAGAUAAAGUGACAGAGUUUGACUCACAGUGGAGAUAUGUUCUGAAGAAGGAGUUUACCGUUGAUCUCCUGUUGUAUGUGUUUGACAGAGCAGAACCUUGGCUUUUAGAGUCUCACAAAAUGUUCAAGAUGAAUAAUGAUGCACACACAUAUUUAGAAAGUAAGAAAGGUGAAUAUUACAAUGUGUUCAGGAGCUUCUGCCAAGGAAACUCAUCUGCUGUUGUACUUGGAGAACUGAUCUGUGAAAAACUGAAAGGUUCCAUUGUUGAAGCCGUCUGCACUAAGACCGCCAUUGAUCUUGCUGGAGAGAUGAGGUGUAGUUUCCCAGCAUUCAAUGGGAACAGGCUGAAUUUGGAGAAACAUGUGUUGAAGUCACUGGCAGAGAAAGAAAAUUUUAAAGAUUACAUCACCUACGUCUACCAACCAAGGAGACAUGUUAAGAGUUUCAUCAAAAAUGAAGCGAACAAAUACAUCUACAUAGACCACAGAGAAAAAGCACAGAAUAUACUCAAGAAAAAUGUAGAUGAUAUCAAGAAUGAGACAAGUCAGGCUUUAUUUGUUGCUACAGAAGAGGUGAAAACACAGCAAGGAGACCUGGAAAUGUGGCUGCAGAAAUUUUUCAGUUUGCUGAAAGAUGUGUUAGCAUUUUCUUCCAUUUAUUCAGAAAACUUUACUGAUGUGAAUGAUUUUGACUUUCUGAAAAAAGGGAUUGAGGAAAGACUUAUACCUGUCUUCAAGGACACAAAAAGACUUUCAUUGGAUAAAAUGAAAGAAUUCAGGAAGCAGCCUGAUCAAAUCCUCAUUAAGCAGCUUUGUGACUGCUGCUGGGAGACGUGUCCUUUCUGUACAGCUGUUUGUACAAACACUGCAAAAGAUCACAGUCCCAACAAACACAGUGUCCCUUUUCAUCGUCCCUCUGGGAUUAAUGGAUGGCACAUUACAGACACAGGGGAACUGAUAAUUGAUUUCUGCACAACUAAAGUUGCCAGUGAUCUUUCAUUCCAUCCCCAACAUGAGUCAGAGAAGACCAUUCCUUAUAAACAGUACCAAAAGGCUGGAGGGAAAUAUGCAACAUGGCUGAUCACCCCAGGUGGAUCUCAGCUGACAUAUUGGAAAUGGGUUAUUUGUCGGUUUCAGAAGGAACUGGAAGAUUUUCAUAAUUUAAAGUUUGCAGGCAAAGGAGAAAUCCCCAGUGACUGGAGAAAGUAUAAGAAAGAAGAAGCCAUCCAAAGCUUGGAUGAAACAUAUAGAUAACAGGCACAAAGAGAAAUAUAGGCAAAAGUCAUUAAAUCAUACUAUAGAGUACUUUGAUUGUCCCAACAGUAAUACAUGAAUUAAAAACAAACAAACACAGAAAAUUCUUGAAAAUGACACGGUUAAAACAUCAAAGAACGUUUUUUGAAACUGAGGUUUUUAUCGACAUAAAGUUAGAUAAUUUAUGUUCAUUAUGUUCAAAUAAUGAGUGCAAUUAUCUCAGUAAUAAUCUCAAAAUGAGGAGUUUAAACAUCUGUCAAUAAUGUGCAGAAUGAAAACAAAGAUGCAAAAAAAAAUGGCUCUAUAUGUUCAUAUUCCAGUAAAAUAUGUACUUAAUCAUCAAAUUACUACUUAUCAAGUUAACAUGAUAAUAUGUAAUCUAAUUGAAAAUAAUUUAAGUGUUUAGCUUGAUAUCAUUUAAAAGUGUUAUGAUACAGGCAGAGAGGCUCUCAAGAGAGCAACAUUUUACACUUUUUUUUUUUAAUAUUAUUCUGUGCACAAGAAAUAGUCAUGUCAUGUCUGAAGAUCACUUUUCACUAAUGUUUCUGAGUCACAAGGGAAAUAAUUUAAUUUGGCAAUUUAC